GGGGGUUCUAAGGACGCGUCGUGGCAGGCCUACAGGUAGGCCGGGACGGUGGUGCCCUACUCGAGUGGGGACAGAGUGCGGUCGGCACCUUUGGCUCCGCGUGUCGCUCCGCCGGUUCCGACCCACCGCGCUUGCAGGGCACAGCGUGUCGCUGGAGCCCCCGCGGCGACACGCUGGGCAAAAGUUCCUGGCCGUGGGUGGGGUCGGAGCAGCGCGCCGCAUCGCCGAUGCAUGGCCGAUGCGGCUCGAUGUGGAGUUCGAGCACGGCGCCGAUGUGUCGCCGACGUCGCCGAUGCAUCGACGAUGCGGCGCGAUCCUCCUACUCGGACACCAUUUGGGAGGCCUUCAGGUAGGAACGCUCCUGAGCGACCACCUCGCGGGCCUGGCGGGGGUCCUGCGCUCGGCGCUGGUGGGCGCGGGGCUGCAAGUCAGGGAAGUCAUGCAGGACCUCACCGCCGCCCUCGGCGAGCCGCCGCGGCGGCCGUUCGAGGAGCCCGGCUCCGGCGGCGGCCUGUCUUGGGCAGUGGGCGCGGCGGUCGUUUGCGGCGUCCUCGCGGCGCGGCUCUGUGCCCUGAGCUUCGCGGCGAUGCCGGGCGAGUGCGAGGCGUGGAGGCCGCCGGCGGCUGGGCCCCGCGGGCCGGAGGACGACCAGGAGGAGGAGGAGCUGGUCGUGCGGCCCAUCACUAAAAUCUUCCGGCUGCUCUUGACUGUUAUCUGUCCAGCGUUCUUUGGAAGCUUGCUCAACAUCAAGCACACGCUGGUCCCCGCGCUCCUGUGCGGCGCUUGACGUCAACAUGAUUGUUGCUAGGUAUGCCCCUGUCACGUUUGUUUCUCAGUGCUCGCCCUGACCUUAACCAUCUGACAUGAUUGUCACAAGGGUGCGUCUUGGAUGACCCAAGUAUUUGGAAGUCGUUUCCGUGUCAGAUGUUUGCCCACGUCCUUUCACUUCUGGCCAAGCCCUGCUUUUGUUUUCCGUGCCUGGGCUUCCCGGACGCCGACUCUCGGCGUCUGGUUUCGGAGGAUGUGGGAUGAUAUGUUUAUUAUAAACGUUCGACGUUGCAGUAUCAUUCGCCGGGAAUUCUCGGCCAAUGAUAAUUAAUUAAGUGCCUGGACGUCGGCCGUGUCUCUUUUUUUCGCCAGCCUGGAGGCAGAGUGGACUGCGGGAUAGGCCACCUCCCCGGGGUCGGCUGGCGACAGGGGCAGAGUUGCGCUUCGGUGUGUGCCCCUGGAUAUGUUACAUUUGUCAUGUUUUGUGUGGGCAGUCCUCUCUCGAGGAGAGACUGGGGCUGGCCCGAACGCGCCUGGAUCCUGAUUUGGGCCUCGGGCGCCGCAGUAGACGAAGCAGCAUUGGCUGGAGCUAUAGGCGGUCCCGGGUUUUCCCAGCGGACGCGCAGCUGACGGGCCAUUUUCUCUGUUCCCGUUCCUCCUCUCCUCUCCCUGCUCCUGCUCCUGCUCCUGCUCCUGUUCCUCCUCCUCCUCCUCCUCCUCCUCCUCCUCCUCCUCCUCCUCCUCCUGGUCCCUUCGUCAGCACAUGCUGCUACCGAUCAUGUCUGCCCUCGCGACAGCACUCGGCAGAAGUAUGUGCGCUCCUGCCCAGCGCAGCAGAGCUCCCGAUCCGCGGUGUGCGCGCUGAUCAGGCGCCGACCAGACCACGGCGGCUGGUUGUCAUUGAUGCGCAUCGCACGGGGCGGGGCGAAACAUGUCUGCUCCCUUCUCGCUCUGACACGGUCAGCCCGUUUAUCGAAG